AUUUGUUCUUGUUGGCGAACUGCGUUUUCAUCUUGUAAGCACUUUAUAAACCUAUAAUUUUGGAAGAAAGAGAAUUAUUAGGUGCUCAUAUAGAAAGGGUACAAAUUUAAUAUCAUGAGUAACAACAGUCAUACAGAGGUCCUAGUUGCAGGCGCAAUAGCAGCCUUCACCAUUGACCUCCUCGUCUACCCACUCGACACGCUCAAAACACGAUACCAAAGCCAGGACUACCUGGACACAUACAAAAAGUCGGGUUCUUCCUCAUCGGCCAUAAAAAAUGUACCAAAAGGUACAUUCAGAGGUCUGUAUCAGGGCGUCGGCAGUGUCAUCAUAGCAACUUUGCCAGCAGCUGGUAUCUUCUUUACCACAUACGAAUCGGCAAAAUCAGGCUUCGCCAAGGCUCUCCCUGAGGGUGCCCCGAGCCCGCUCGUCCACGCGCUUGCGUCUGGGACCGCCGAGCUGGCCUCGUGCGCGGUUCUCACGCCUGCCGAGGUGAUCAAGCAGAAUGCCCAGAUGAUACGCAGCAAUUCUGGGAGCAGUGGCGGUAGCACUAGCGGCAAAAGCACCUCCCUCCAGGCGUUCCGGAUGCUACAGAGCGCCGAGGGCGGGGCGUGGCGCCGCCUGUGGACGGGCUACACUGCUCUGGCGGCUCGAAACCUUCCGUUCACGGCGAUGCAGUUCCCCAUGUUCGAGUACGUCCGGGCGACCAUCUGGCGGCAACGAGACGACAGGCGCAGGUCGCGCAAGGAGGCCGGCGGCAUCGAGGAGGGUCAAGGCCUGCUUGAGACAGGACUGGUCAACGGCUCCAGCGCUGCGCUGAGCGGGUCGGUUGCGGCAGUCCUGACGACGCCGACUGACGUUGUCAAGACGCGCAUGAUGCUGCUGGCUGGGGACCAAAAGUCCAGUGGUGGUGGUGGUGGUAGCAACAGCAGCAGUAGCAACAACGGUGGAUUCCGAAUAGCCAGGGACGUCUACCGGGAACUGGGAGUGCGUGGGCUGUUUCGCGGCGGUUUAUUCCGAGCCGGGUGGACGGCACUUGGAAGCGGGUUGUACCUUGGAACCUACGAGGUUGCAAAGGUCUGGCUCAAAGGCGGCAAAGGUACAGACAAGGAUGAAGGCGGUAUAUAAGAGUAGAAAAAAAGGCCCUUUUUCUCUGUCGGUGUGCCCGCAAGUAACUCUCUGCUUAAAAGUGGAAACCGGGAAAACAAGAUUCUGUCAAGUUUAACUGCAGCAUCGCACGGAGGCGGGCGACCUCGGUGUUGCAUGGUAAAUGGCGGAAAAAAUCGAAUAGAAGCGGCAGGGAUAUGAGAUGAUUGUCCAGGGGCGCCUAGCACCACAAAGAGAGAAAAAAAAAAUCAAAAAUCAUGGAGUCCCCUUGUGAGCUGAGUAAAGGUGAGUUAAACGGCACGAUAUUGAGCCGCGGUAGUUAAUGCGCGCCCGGCCACAUACAAACGCUUGGCCAAUUCGUGCGUGCAUCUCGCUUAGAUUUGAUGAUGAGCCAAAUACCGUUGGGAUGUAGGCCAAGAUAUGUCAGAUAUCCCGGUUGUGUGUUUUUGUUUAAAUUCUUUUUAUUCUUUUUCUUUUUCUUCUUUCCUUUCCUCUUUUACUAAAUUGUGCAUGUUAUCUCUGAGGGACGAAAAGAAUGGUGGUGUGGAAUUGUUGCAUUCGACUGCAGGGCUGUAUUUCUUGUCAUUUUGGAGGGUGACACUGGACAAGAUAAUGAUAUAAGGGAUAGACAGAAAAAAAAGAGACAAGAAAACCACACAUCGCGUACUUAUCUGGGACUGCGAAAAACUUACUGGCUCUGGCGAUCUGCAGCUCGCUUGUCUUGGCGAACCACAC